GACGUCGUGACGUCAUACGGCCGCGUCGCGUGCUCUCGCGUCUGUGAUCCUGCUGAAGAAAGAUCUUAAACACACAGAUAAACUCCUGCUGAAGCGACUGAGAGACGCACUAUUAUAAAGAUGGUGUUUAUUAAAGAGGAGAGAGAAGACAUGAAGAUUGAAGAAGUAUUCAGAGUCAAACAUGAAGAUACUGAGGACCAAACAAAGAUGGCGUUUGUUAAAGAGGAGAGAGAAGACAUGAAGGUUGAAGAAGUAUUCAGUCUGAAACAAGAAGAGCAAACAGACCUCACGGUGCUGAAAGUGGAGAGUCAAGAGCUGAAUGAGAUGGAAGACAAAAAUCAUCAUGAUUUCAUGACUAGGGAAAAAUCCACUAAAAAGACUUCCUCACAAAAAAGAGUUCAGAUGGCCAAAUCAACCAGUUUAUUCACUUGCUGUCAGUGUGGAAAGUGUUUUAGUCAAAAACGAAAACUUGUACUCCACAUGAGAGUUCACACUGGAGAGAAGCCGUUCACCUGCCAACAGUGUGGAAAGAGUUUCUCUCAAAAUGGAAACCUUAGAAACUAA